AUGGAGUUUAAUCAGCCAACUAAAGAAAGCCCUGACCAAAUAGUAUAUACCUCAGAUGAUCACCAAGUUAGGUCAUAUACAUGCACCUUUUGCAAAAGGGGCUUCUCAAAUGCACAAGCACUUGGAGGUCACAUGAACAUCCAUAGAAAAGAUAGGGCUAUACUUAAAGAAUAUUCCGGCGACAUGACUGACAAGAAGGCUACUCCCUCUGAUCAUCUGAUUGUCGAUGAAGACGACUCGAAACUAGAUGGUAGUGAAGAGAAAAGUUGCAACAGCCCUAAAAGGCCUUGGAUUUUCUCUGGAGAAGAUGAGGAUGGUUCUAGAAGCGGAGAUGGCGUCGGAGAACCACGGAAGCUGGACUUGUUUGUUGAGACACCAUUGGUGAGAGAUGAUGCAGAGGCAAGCAGUGACGUGAGUGAGGAUGUGGAGAGAAGAGAGAAAUUGAGUCAUGGUUCAUCUAACAUAGAAUUGGACCUUGAGCUUCGGUUAGGGUUUGGAAGUUCAUGA